GCCCUUCUCACAGUGAUCUGUUCCUGUCGCAAGGACUAAAAUGCAAUUGAUUUAGAUUGAUUAACAAUUCUAGGGUAAAUUGCAUAAAGGCUUUCUGUUUGUACCUCCCAACAUCAGGUGAGUCAUUUAAUCCGUUAGAAUGGUGAAAUGAGAUCCUAAAACAAAUAGGAAGUAAUUAACUGUAUAGCCCCACCCUCAAACUGCUUAGUGUGAGAACAUGGAUGACUUUGUUCCUUUUGCAAAAUUUAUAACUUCAGAAUUUUUCAAGUAAUUUCUUUUAAAGAGAUAUUUGUGCUCUUGGCUGUAUUGUGAAUUACUGAAAUAUUGAACAAAGCUGAAGGACUACACCUUUGAAGAUGGUUGGCCAAGAGCGAAGUUUGAAUUUUUAGUGUUCUCAGUGCAGGCAGCGUAGAGAUGCUAGUCUUCACAGGCUUCGUGGGGCUCAUAACCAUAAUCACACUGGGAGUCAUGAAUGUCCAAUAAUUCAGGAAACUCAAAAUGUAAGGUCUAUUCACGUUCACAUGAACAUGAAAAAAAUCCUCAAAAUUAAUGGUUAACCUAGAGGAAGCCACAUUACCAAAAAGCACAGUGACUAUGAUACAGGUCUUUGGUUACAGCCAACGUGUUUAUUGUUAAAAAAAAAAAAAAAGAUCCAGUGGGUAGCCUUAGAUUUAACUUUGACUCACCAACCUAUCUUAAUAGUUCAUUUCAGUGAUGGCUAGAAGUAGGCCUGAAUGUCUUCCCAGCAAGGAGAGAAAAUGUCUUUAUGAGGCUUCAUUUAAAUUCUGAUUAUUAAACUGAGGCUUUAAUUGGUGUUAAUGCCUUAUCUCUAAGACAUAAGAACUGGAAUUUUCCUGGGGCAGGAUAAGGAGUGGUACUUUUAGGACUAAUACAUUGAAAACUGAUUCAGCCUCUAGUAACUGAGCAGUUUUCAAUAGCAUGAUUAGUCAAAUUCAUUAUGACUUUUAACUUAUAAGAAGCUUUUGGGGUAGGUUGGAGUAUUUAUUACAUAUUUUACUGUUUAAUGUCUAACGUGGGCCUUUUAAUUUGUAAACACUUACUGAAAUGAUUGUGGGGCUGUGGAAAACAUUUACCUUUGAAGUAAGUUUUAAAAGACAGUCCACUUUUUAGCAUGUGUGUUGUGUCCAGCCUGUGGUUGUCUUAACUAAUAAAUGUGAUUUUUCUCCCCAUUCUCUCUUUUAUUUAUUUGCGUUUAGGCCUCUUGUGUUUCCUGAGUGUGGAAAACACACAUUACUGUUACCCAGCUUUGCAGUUAAUAUAAUUGCUUUCGGGCAAUACUGUUUUACUAGCUUUUUUUAAACUCUCACACCUUGUAUGAAAUGAAUUUCUGAACCUGCCCUACACUACCUUACGCUUGAUGAAUUUUAUCUGUUCCCAUAUUCUGCUAACUCAGUUGCUAAGCUGCUAUCCUCUUCAUAAACUGUCUCUUCGUGGUAGUCUACUGGAAUACAGUAGUUUGUUCCUUCCACCUGGGUUAACCUUCCAAGGUUUCCCUAGCUGUUAUAAGGAAAGCUGGAAGUAGAAAUCACGGGUUUGGGGAUCAACUAUCUUGCUCCAUCUGGGCUCUAGCACUUUUCCACUAUUUGGGCAGUUUUCUUAAGGGCUCCAAGUGUUAAAAUGGGGAUGUAAAGUCACAAGUCUAAUCCUGGAUCUUCUGUGAAGCAGGUCUUCACAAGUUACAUGUUUUGGAGGGUUUUUAGGUCUUCUGGUAGAACAACUUGAGUGGUUGGUUGACUGUGCUUCCACGUUAACCUGGAGAGUUUAAAUGUUGCUGGGCCCUUCUCAGCGGCUUGUUUUUUAAAUUUUUCAGGGGAGGCAGGUGCAGCUGGCCCAGGGCUUCCCUGUUAACACCAAUUUGUAAAGGCUCACGCGCACUCCCAGAAGAGGGCAGGCAGGAUGGCGGCAGCAUUUAACUAGGGAUGCACGGAAGGCCUGAGUCUCUAAGCUAUCAUUAAGGACUACAACUUUAAAAAUGGGGAACCAAGGUUUAUUUUCAUAAACAGUUAAGGCGAAGAAGAUGUAUUUAAGUGAUAAUUUGCAGAACACCACAAAGUGUUUAGAUGUCUCAUUUGCAACAAGGGGGGGGGGCGGUAAAGCGGAUUCAGUAGCAACAGCGAGAGAGUGAAAAGUAGAUGGGAAAGAUCUUUAUCGGUGUUAACCAUUAGAAGGAGCCAAACCUGACAGGUGAGAAGAGACGGGCCCGCGUUAUCCUCGAUGAGUGGGAUACGCCUGCCGGGACGCGGUGACGCACUUCCGUGGGUGGGGCCGGCCGCGCGCACGCUCACUUCCGCCGCGCCGGCGCAGGCGGCACUCCGGGAUCUUACGGUUCUAGCAGUUUUCUGGGAUCAGCCCGCUGAUACGAGACAGUACGGCUUAACUCCCGAGGGCUAUGCGCUCUGGUGCAGCCGUUAGGGCCUGCCAGAAAGUCUGCAGGUGCCUGUUGUCUGGGUUUGGGGGUCGAGUAGAUGGGAGGCAGCCGGAGAAGUUGAUGGAAGGGAGCGGCUCCUCCGUAGGGCCCUUGAGGUCGCACGCAGAGCUGCCCCGGGGGAGCGAGUCAGGAGAAGCCCCGGAGUCUGGCGGUGAGGGGAACGAGGCGCUGCUAGAGAUCUGUCAGAAAAGGCGUUUUUUCAGCGGCACCAAGCGACAGCUUAGCCGAGAUUCUCUUCUGAGCGGGUGCCACCCCGGCCUUGGCCCCUUGGGUAUAGAGUUGCGGAAGAACCUGGCGGCAGAAUGGUGGUCCUCGGUGGUGGUGUUCAGGGAGCAGGUCUUCCCGGUAGACGCCCUCCACCAGGAAUCAGGCCCUUCGCUGCCCGGGGACAGUGCCUUCAGGUUGGUUUCUGCAGAAACGCUACGCGAAAUCUUGCAAGACAAAGAGCUCAGUAAGGAACAGCUAGUAGCAUUUCUUGAGACCUUAUUAAAAACUUCUGGGAAACUACGGGAGAGCCUUCUUCACGGUGCCUUGGAGCACUAUCUUAAUUACCUGGAUCUGAUAAACAAGAGGCUGCCUUUUGGCCUUGCUCAGAUUGGAGUGUGUUUUCAUCCUGUUUCUGAUUGUAAGCAGACACCUGAUGGUAUUAAAAGAGUCGGUGAAAAGACUGAAGCUUCACUGGUAUGGUUUACUUCAGCAAGAACUGCAAGCCAGUGGCUUGAUUUCUGGUUACGUCAUCGACUCCUGUGGUGGAGAAAGUUUGCCGUGAGUCCAUCUAACUUCAGCAGCAGUGAUUGUCAGGAUGAAGCAGGCCGAAAAGGAAACAAACUUUACUACAGUUUUCCCUGGGGAAAGGAGCCAAUAGAAACCCUGUGGAAUCUAGGAGAUCAUGAACUUUUACACAUGUAUCCUGAAAAUGUGGCUCAAUUACACGGCCGAGAUGGACGGAAAAAUGUAGUUCCUUCUGUUUUAUCUAUAAAUGGAGAUCUAGACCGAGGCAUGCUGGCAUACCUCUACGAUUCUUUCCAGCUAACAGAGAAUCCCUUUACAAGAAAGAAGGAUCUUCAUAGAAAGGUUUGUCAAGGGCUGUUUAAUGAAUUACUAGAAAAUGGGAUUUCUGUGUGGCCUGGUUAUUUGGAAACUGUGCAGUCCUCAUUGGAACAACUUUAUUCAAAAUAUGAUGAAAUGAGUAUCCUCUUCACAGUGUUGAUCACUGAAGCUACUUUGGAGAAUGGAUUAAUACACCUGAGAAGUAGAGACACCACAAUGAAGGAAAUGAUGCAUAUAUCCAAAGGGCCUCAGGCUUCACAGGAGGAUUGCAUUCCUGGUCUCAGGUCAGCUGACUGCACUAACUGGCAGAGUGGAGCGUCUACACUGCAGUCAAGGAAGGAGGAAUUGAAACAUGCCUGAAGAAGCAGAGAGCGUGGACUUCUCUCUGAGAUAAGAUGAUUCAAACUAGAACAAGGGUUGAUAUCUAAAGUGACUGGAGAGAUGUAAACUUCCUUGAGAGUUUGCAAAAGACUGGUAAAGUGCAUCCCAACA